UGGAGGUGCCCCUGACUGGUGACAGGAUGUAAUGCUUUGUUGGCCUCACCGGACUCUACUUUUAUUGUGCCUUAAUUGAAAAUGUUCUGCAUUAAUUCACAAACAUUUAUCUUUAAAAGUUAGGAGUUAGAAAUGGAGUCGAUAUAUCUUCAGAAGUACGUGGGGACGUGUCUAACUCAAGGUCUUGCAGAAGUGGCAAGAAUUCGCCCUGUGGAUCCAAUAGAAUAUUUAGCAUUGUGGAUUUGCAAGUAUAAGGAAAACGUGGCCAUGGAGCAACUGAGACAAAAGGAAAUGGCCGACUUGGAGCGUGAAAGAGAACUAGCUCUGAGGGAGCAGGAAAUGAUGGAGAGGCUCAGAGCAGAGGAGCUCAUGUUUCAGCAGCAACAGCUGGCAUUCCAGCUGGAGUUGGAAAUGCAAGAAAAAGAGAGACAGAGAGGAGAAGAACUACAGAGAGCUCAAGAACAAUUGGAGAAGGAGGUGAGAAUGAAUAUGGAAAAUAUAGCUAAGAGUGAAGAUACUUCACAUUCAGAGGAUACAGCAGCAGGCUCAGGCAAAACACUCGCUGAAAUUAGUGACCGAUAUGGGGCACCUAACCUGAGCAGAGUGGAGGAACUCGAUGAACCGAUGCUGUCUGAUGUUGCAUUAAACAUUGAUCAAGAUUUAUAGGAUCAACCAACCUAAGAGCAAUAAAUUUUUCUUCUUGUUUCAAGUUUCAAAAUAUGAGGUUCCCAACUGUUAUUUUUUCUUCCAAAGCUGAACUCUACUUUUUUUUUCUCUGAAGACAGAUUUAUAAAUGGGCUUCAAGGGUGGCUUAAAUGGGCUUAAAAUAGCCCAUUUUGUUUUGGAUUCCCCAAUGCAACUGGUUGUUUGUAUGAUUCUAUUGAGAGAACAGGAGAGAGAGUUUCCCAAAGCAACCAAAAGGCGCAAAUGGGAGAUGUGCUGAAAAGAAUGUGUGUAUCUCGGUGAGAAAAAGAUUGCCUGACAUGCAAUUUACUGGUCUGUGAGAAGUGAAGGAGGCCACCACUGUGGAGGGCUCAGGAAUAUUCAACAUGCUUUAGAUAUGGCAUUUCGUCCUGGGAGUGAACUGCAAAACUUUCCCCAGUUUGCUGGGAAGUGCUUAUAAUCCGUGCUUAUUGAUGGGACUGGAAUGGAGAAGGAUACAAAGUUCUGGGUACGGAAAGGCAUCAUUUCUUCUGGGACAACCAGUGGGCAAGAGUACUGGGCUACUGUUGAAGGGAAGAUCUCCCCUGGAAGUAGGCCAUGCAGGUGCUUCCUGAUUGCACUCUUGGCCCCUUGGAAAUUUCAGCUCUAGCCUUGAACUUUAGGGAGUACUUUGCUUCCUUUAUAAAAUUCUUCCAAAUCUCAAUCUAUGUUGUGAAUCCUUUCUGUUCCUUAAGGAAGGGUGUAGGCAUGGAAACAUAAAUGCCAGGAAGAGGCUCCUUUUUUUAAAAAAAAAAAAAUUAUGGUUUUGGUUAUAACACCUUUCCUGAGGCAAUGAGAACAGAACAGCCUAGUUACUUAAAUGGGAAGAGAAAAAGGGAAAAAAUAAUGGGAAAAAUAUUGGUUUCAUUAAAAAGAAAUGUUAUCUUGUCAUAUCAGAGUUUUGUACAUUUUUGAGUAAAAAGUCCUAGGUGCCUUGGAACCAUGACUUGUGUGUCAGGCAGGUGACUAGGCACUGUGCCCCCAGCAUGGAUGACCUGCAUUCACACCACCCAGGCAGGAGUGUCUAAGGGAGCAAGAGAGCAUAGUGUCCUUCUGGGCCUUGGCGUCAGCCUAUGCAGGCGCCGUCAUGGAGGGCUGGGGCCUUAGGGCAGGCCCAGAGGGAUCUUGGGCUCAGCAUAGCCCGUGCAGCUCUCCAAAGGGUGCAGUCUGCUGCUGGGAUUUGACAGCGAGAGUCUUCGACUGUUGGCUCAUCACGAGGUGAAGCUUUGGGUUCUGGGGCAGGGGUAGUCUUGUUUGAAGAGCUCCAAGUCAGAGCUGGGCGUAAGAGGUAAGAGGUAGAAUGGGGUAAAAGAGGAGAUGAAAUAGGUUCAACCUCUUGGUAGAGAGCCUCAUGAAGAUUCAGCAGGUGAUCCGGGAGCAGGCAAAUGGGCUGAUGUAUGGGAAGAGGCUCCUGUGCCCACAGGGAGACUACUCACAGGUAGAGCAGAUGCCCACUGCCCCUGGGGGCCUGAGGCAAGGCUGUAGUCUGCCGACAGAUGGCUACGCUGCCUCUGUAUCUAGGUCUUAGAGUUGCCAAUGGCAGUAAGAUUUCUUUUAGACCCACCCCAUGAUAGGGGUAGGGAUGGCUCCUGUUCUGGCAUCCUGGGGUUGGUUGAAGCGGUCUAGAUUUUCUUGCUGAACUGGUCUCUUGGUAAGCAAGGAUAAGAGAAGAAGAGGAGGAAAUGGAUGAAAGAAUAGGGAGAUAUAAAGGAUCUAAACAUAGAUGAUUAAACUAGAUUUUCUCACUGCAGAAGGUGAGAUAUACAUAUGUGGAAGAUAAAAAAACAAAGACAUGGAUAAGGAGAACAGAUU